CUUUUUCUAUGAGUUCCAGCAUCGACCCAGUUCUUUUGAGAAGAUCGAGCCGGCCUGGGUGCGGACUGAUCAUGGGGCUGAGAAGACCUUCACCUUCGGGGGUUCUUUCCUCGUGGAUGAGAGCUCCAUGCUGGAAGCCACAGAAGAGUAGCAGCAGCUGAGCCUCACCACGAUGGCCCAGUGGACCCCCUUCUCCUGGACAGGCUCCAGACUUGAAAUGGGCCUUCCCCUUUCCCUGACUCACUCCUCGUCCUUCACCUUGAAGACUGUAUCUUCUCCAGAGAGCCUUUCUUCCCUGACCACCAUCACCCAGUUGUGGAUUCCCACAUCGUGAUUGCUUGUGGCAGGCGCCAGCCAGCUGGAGCAUGAGUUGGAUUCUGUGCCUGCCCCUCACCCUCUGCCUGAUGGCACAGACAGCCCUGGGUGCCUUGCACACCAAGGAGCCUCUAGUGGUUACCGAAUAUGGGACCCUCCGAAAGCAGAUACACGUGGGGAAGACACCCAUCAAUGCCUUCCUAGGAGUUCCCUUCUACAGACCGCCUGUGGGUGCCUGCAGGUACACUGCCCCAGAACCCCCAGAGCCCUGGGAAGGAAUCAGAGAUGCUACCACCUAUGCCCCGGUGUGCCUUCAGGAGUCCUGGGGGCAGAUCACCUCCGUGUACUUCAACACACACAAAAAAUACAAGUGGCUGCGUUUCAGUGAGCACUGUCUGUACCUGAAUGUGUACGCGCCAGUAGGAGUGCUUGGGGACCCUCUGCUGCCUGCGAUGGUCUGGUUCCCAGGACACGCCUUCCUCGUGGGCUCCGCUUCCACGUAUAAUGGCUCCAAAUUGGCGGCCCGGGAGAAAGUGGUGCUAGCUCUGCACCACAGCCUCGGUGUCCUGGGCUUCCUUAGCACAGGCGAUAGCCAGGCCCGCGGGAAUUGGGCGCUACUGGACCGGGUUGCAGCUGUGCGCUGGGUGCCGAAGAACAUCGCAGCCUUCGGCGGAGACCCAAGCUGGGUGACCUUGUUUGGCCAGUCAUCAGGGGCCAUGUACAUCUCGGGACUGAUGACAUCACCCCUAGCCUGGGGCCUCUUCCAUCAGGCCAUUUCCCAGAGUGGCACCGCAGUGCUCAGAGUCUUCGUCACCUGGCUGAGGUCUAGCUGGGCUUGA